UAUGCCUAGAUGUUGUUUAUGAGAAAAUAAAUGAAUCAGCGGACCGUGACGUCUUGGAGAAUUUAGGGGGUAUGAAUUGCGAUUUAAGGAGAACCGUGUCAGAAUCUACAAAGUGAUGCUGUAGCCGUUAUUAUAGAAAGAAUAAAAUUUUUUUAAGGAGACGGCGGGUGUCAAAUUAAUGAGGACAAAGGUUUUAUAAACCCUAUGAAAUCCAUAAUGUGUUCCCUUCAGAUCGGCAGAUCUCUGGCCAAGAGAGUGUUGUGUUGGUUUAUCUUGAUACAACAUUGUUAUGUUGGUUUUGGCGCAUGCGCACCAUGUAAACCCGGCUUUAUCAGAGUUGGACGAUGGUGCUUUGCAGUGCACACAGAACCAGCUACCAAGAACAGCAGUGUCGCAGUUUGUCAACAAAUGGGCGGAUCCAUGGUGGUGAUUGACAGUGCUGAAAAGGAAGAGGCGUUGACGUCAUAUAUUAUGGAAAACGAGCUCCUUGUUAUGACUGAUCAAAGACUGACCCUGUAUAAAGACCUGGAAGUUAUAAUGAAUGGCGAUGAUGAAAUGGACAGGUUUUGUGACGAUUAUAUGAAGUAUGGCAGAGAAAGUAAAACAUAUAGGCAUUUCAUUAAUAAUGAGAUUCCUUUAGGGUCAAAACCCGAGAACCGGGCCAAUCUGACGACUCCGAAUGGAUUCAAGGUCACCCUGUCUUCAAUCCCGGGGGCCGGGAUGGGGGCGUGGACACACAUCCCGCUCUCUAAGUACACAGUCCUGGGAUCCUAUGAUGGUCUGGUGAGGACAGAUAUCAGUGAUAAAGAUCCGUAUUCUUGGGUGGUUGAAAAAUUGCAAGGAAACGGAACUUACGUCAUAGACGCUAUGCCAUUGGACAGCAGUAAUUGGCUGCGUUUUGUGAAUUCUCCACGCAACUACCAAGAAGAAAAUGCGCAAGCAGUACCAUGCGCAGGUUUGAUUUUCUACAUGACUAUAAAGGAAGUAGAUCCGGGCUCUGAGCUGAUGGUAUGGUAUGGAGACAGUUACGGCCUCCAUCUCAACGUAAGCAGAAUACAUCCGGAACACGAUUUAAACGGAACAGUGGUGUUUCGCGUUAACAUUCUUCACAUCUUGGAUAAAUAUGGUGACGUCCUUGCGUUUGAUGACGGGACCAUUGUGACGUACGAUAACUGGAUAGAGGACCUGACGUAUAACGUUGUAGAUAGGACUUUUGGACUCCUCCUGUCCUAUGACGUGAAACGGAUGCGAUGGAGGUGGAUUCCGGAAAGGAAUUACUCGUAUUUUACUGAUAAAAACGGACUAUAUCUUCCAUUUGUGUGCGAAGAUAGGGAUUCUGAAAUUCCAGAUGGAUGAAUUUAUUAUUCUUUAUAAAUUAUACGUAUUGUAAUAAAUUAAACGUUUUUAUUUACA